UUUUGAAAAUGUCACCCCCUGGUUUAUAUACAAGUUUGUUGUCUAUAGAAUGAUAUGUUUUAUAUAGUUUAUAUAUGAUGGUAUGUUUAUAUCAGUGAAGCCCCGAGUUCCUGACCUUGUAUUUAUAUAAGAUGGUACGUCUUACUGCAGAAUAUACCUUAAUUUAAUACGUUUCGUUACCUUGAAAGAAGAGGAAAAAUCAACAUGGAACAUAAGUGAAUAAAUUAGCGACUGUUACCACCACCAGGGUGGAUGGGGGAGGGGGGUCUUCUCUUUUCCCGCAUAGCUCAUUGUGUAGCUUUCUGCUUAUCAACGAACUAUAACUGGCAGAUUUUCUGUGAGUCAAUCCUUCUGACCUCCAUAGAUUUACCAUGACCCUCUCAGAUGUCUGAUUUUCCUGCAGAAAGCAGCGAACAAAAAGCAGUGUUGACCAACGGGAAUGUAUCCUCUUUAGUGGGAAACUUUAACCAGAAGUCAACAGUCCUCAACACAAUAAACAGUACAACAGCUUCUUUUGCUAGCAGCACAGAAAAAUUGAGUUCGAGUUCAGCCUUCACGAGCAAGGAAAAGCUCAGUGCUAAUUCUUCCUCCGCCCAAAUGUUGAAGAGCAGUAGCACCUCAUCUUCAACAUCUAGCUCUGUGGUCAGCAAGAAAUCACAGCUGCUCCACUCGGUUGUUAACCAAGAACUGAAACAACAACAAAAACAGCAGAAUGAAUCGUAUGUUGGCAAUCGUAACUUUAAUCGCAGCGUCAGUGUUACCAGUGUUGCUAGUAGUGCCAGCAGCACCAGUGAGUCCAGGAAGAAAACCCUGACUGCUCAGAGGGGUCUCUCAAUGGAGGACAUCCUGUCGGAGGAGAGUGCCAGCAGCACUAAUGAGUCUAGGAAGAAAACCUUCACUGCUCAGAGGGGUCUCUCAAUGGACGACAUCUUGUCGGAGAAGAGAGAGGCCAAGGAAUCUUCUCCUCAGGAAAUGAGGUUCGAACAGAAAAGAAUGACCUCUUCGUCCAAGAUGAAGUUACAAACCGAUGGUUUCAAAACUUCUAAUAACAAGGAAGUGAAAAGCUUUCAGACAGGAGAAAUUAAUUACAAAGAAAAAGCCAUUAAAGCUCACUUAGAAACCGAAGGAUUUUCUUCUGAAAAGGCGAUAGCUUUACGACAGGAAGAGAGCCACCUGGAGACUGAAGGGACAAUCCAGCAACAAGAGCGGACCGCACUGUCCUCCACGAUGAAGCUAAAAACGGACGGGUUUACUGCAGAAAAGAUUGCCAUGUCCAAACAGGAGGAGUUCUCUCAAGCAUCCAUCCAACAACAAAGAAACAUAUCCUCCUCCUCGUCGUCCAAGCUAAUGUUUACUAGUAAAAACCUCAAAUCGUCCACUGCUAUCAGCAGCAGCCAAAACAAGCAACAAAUAGGGUUUGGAGGAAUUUCAUCCUCUGUUACUAUGAGCCCCAUCGUCACGUUCCCUGAUGAAGGAGGACCGUUUCACAUAAACGGCUUCUCUCCUAAUCUUGCCCUCACCCAGGGCCUUGAAAAGGAUAUCGAGAUUCUUAACUCGCCAGCGUCGUCUCCAGAAGUUGAGAAGGCUAUGACAAGAUUUGGUUCUCGUAUAAGUGCUUGUGUUGAAAGGCUGAAAACUGCUGCUGACGAGGAAGCAGUACAGCUACUAACUACAAUGAACGAUAUUAUCAGGAAAGCCUGGGCUGUUCCAACUAACGGCUACGAACUCGGGUUUAACUUGUGCAAUAUCCUGAGGAACAACGGCGGGAUGGAUAUACUCAUUAGCAACUGUUCUUCGGAUAACGACGAACUCCGGUUCGCUAGUGCUCAGCUUCUGGAGCAGUGUUUAUCAACCGAGAACCGAGGAUACGUGGUAGAGAAAGGUCUGGACAGCGUUGUCUCCGUGGCCUACUCCUGCAGCAUGAGAAACUCGGUUAUUCACUCCCGUGUUGGCACGGGAAUCCUUGAACACCUCUUUAAGCACUCGGUGACCACGUGUAGUGAUGUCAUAAGAAUGGGGGGAUUAAAAGCCAUCUUAUACGACUGUAGAAAUUCGGAUGUUGAAACUCUCCGUCAUUGUGCCACUGCAUUAGCUAACUUGUCAUUAUAUGGGGGAUCCGAGAACCAGGAAGCUAUGAUCAGACAUAAAGUCCCCGUCUGGUUGUUCCCCUUAGCGUUCAACAAUGACGACAAUAUCAAGUAUUAUGCCUGUUUGGCCAUUACAGCUUUGGUAGCCAACAAAGAAAUCGAAGCCGCAGUAUUACGAUCCGGAACACUGGAUCUUGUUGAACCUUUUGUGUCCAGUCAUAAUCCUGAAGAGUUUGCCAACAGCACAGUGUCUCAUGUCCACGGGCAAUCCAAAAACUGGCUCCUUCGGCUGGUUCCUGUCCUGGACAGCAAGAGAGAGGAAGCCAGAAGUUUGGCAGCAUUCCACUUUGCCAUGGAGGCUGGGAUUAAGAAGCGACAAGGAAACACAGCGAUAUUCCACGAAAUCGGAGCUGUUGAGGCACUGAAGAAGGUUGCUAGUUCUCCUAACGCCAUUGCUUCUAAGUAUGCUGCUCAGGCGCUCCAACUUAUUGGAGAAGAGGUUCCCCACAAGUUGUCCCAGCAAGUCCCUCUUUGGACUGUUGAAGACGUCCGAGAGUGGGUAAAACAAGUAAGAUGUUUUUGUUACUAACAAGCUUCUAGAUACGUCGUUAU